GUCUAUUGGAGCUGGGACAAAAGCAGGAAAUAUCACAAGGUUAGUAAAGGAGAAGAGUAAAGCUCGAGUGAGCCUGGAAGAACUCACAAGUGAGUGCACUGCAAAGCCAAUUAUAGAUGGAAACUCAUCAGAUAUUUAUGCAGAGUUGGGACUACUGAACCUAAGUGAUAUAGAGUAUAGGGCAGAGGUGUUAUUAGAUAAGGUCCUGGUAUCAGGGGAUUUGAACUAUGUGCGUUUGGCAAGGCAGGUGGCCUUGAAGAGGGCCUAUGUUGUUAGAGUAGCCGAUGAGGAUAGUUGGGACAUUGCCUCGAAGAUGGCUAUUGGUGAUAUUCUGAACCCAAUAUCAGAGUUGUUGGGAAGUAAACAGAAAACUGCAGGCUCCAGUUUUGCAAGGGUUUUCAGUCCAGGUUGCACUAGUUCAGCCCCUUGUACAGCAACUGGAUGUUUAGCAGCAAUUUCUGGGGCAACUUGGGCUGCAAAAUCAGUUCGGAGGAUUCAUGGUGCCCUCUUUACAAACUUUUUAACCAAACUCACAAUUCGUGCAGCAGUAGCAGCAUUGGAGUUCAGGAACUGGUGUGUCGUUACCAGUACAGCAUCAGAGGAAAGGAGCAUUAUGCCAAUGAGUGUAGCUCUAGAAAACAUAUUGGUCUACCCUUUUGAGGAGAUAGAGCUCGAUCAAAAGACACUUGACAAUACUCAGAGGAUUUUGGAGGAGAAGGAGAGGUAUAUAGAGUGUUGUAAAACUAUCUCAAUUGGUGUUGGUGUGGCUGAAGGAAGAAAUUCCUUUGUUCUCAAAGAACUUGAUUCGACUAAUGGGCAAACCGGAUCUGAGGCUUUAUUGAUUCAUGCAAGAAGAAGAAAAUUAGCUGGAGAAGGAGUUGGUGCAUUUGGAGACAUCGGGAGCAAUCUUGGAGGCGUUGGUAGUUUUAAGGACAUUCUAAUCCUUCAAGGAGAUGUUGAGAGGAACAUGGAUUACAUUGUUCAUCGACAACAAAGUAGACUUAAGAACAGUAGUAAAGGGAGGCCUAGUAGAGUAGCAAAAGGAUAUUAUGAGACAAAUUUGGGAGUGGGUGCCAUCAGAGCUAAAUCCAGCAGAUUUCUUAACAAGGGUUCCCAAUAUAGGGGAUUGGGUGCUGAGUUCAGAAGUAGUAGACCAGUUGGAGUCAGUCUGGAGAGAAUUCGAAGUAGACAGAUUUGCAAGUCACUUGAAUUCGAAGAAAUAGAGAUUCAACAGCCUGUUUUUUUGCCUAGGAUCAGAGGCUGUAGACUGUUUCACUUAGAAUUGGGCUGGAGUGAGGAAUUAUAUGUGCUCCCCUUUCAGCUAAAUUCACAGAGCACUGUGCUAUACGAAGGAAUGUGGAGUAUGGAUAGUAAUAAUAGUUCCAUAGCACCUGAGAGCAGUGCUGCUGGAUUGGUCCAGAAAUUGCUCGAAAGAGCUGAAUACCUAAUGGACACAGGUUUUGUACCUUAUCCAGCAUCAAGAAAGCUACUAGCAGCCUUUCUGGUAUGGUUAGAAGUUUCAGGUAGAAUAUCAGAGAUGCCAACUUGUUUGGCAGCAGUAGCUAGAGAGCAUAAAUUAAGGAACCUUAUGGAUCUAAUGAAGGGGAGCUCAAUUCAUUUAAUAGUAGAAGGAAUUAAGAGGGUAGUAGCACCAAGGAAGGCUGAAGCCAAAUGGCCAAGAGAUCCUUUACUAGUUGGAGUAGUUAGACAAUAUAUGGAGUAUCUAUCUCUGAGAAAGGGAAUGGAUCAGGAUUUCAAAGUCCAAGACAGAUCAACUAGAGAAGGGAAAGUUUCUUCUGAUAGAAAAAACACAAAGAAACCAUUGUUUCUGUCGAGAAUGGGAGGAAAAUUAUUAGUAGCGGCCGUUACAGCUAUAGUUAAGUAUUUUGCAGGAAAUGCAGGAUUACAGAGGAGAUAUACUGCACACAGUUUAAGAAUUGGAGGCGCAAUAGCAGCUAUGAAAGGAGGAAUGACAAUGGAACAAAUUCAGUCAAUUGGUGGUUGGACAUCAGGGGCAGUACAGCUGUAUACAAGAGCUAUUAGUAUGGCUGAGAUAGGGGCUUCAAGAUUAAUGGGUUUUAAUUAG